UCUGCAGACCUCGCAGUGUACGAACCAGUCUCUAAUGUGGCAGUGAGAGCCAAUGCCACUGACCUGGUGGAGUUCAAUGAUACAGUCAGUGUAAAAUGCUUUGCCAAUGGCUCCUCUCUCACUUUCCAGUGGCUCAAUGGCUCCUCUCACAUCACAGUCAGUGAACGAGUUCAGCUCAGUGAUAACAAUCGAACUCUGACCAUUUCCAACGUAUUGAGAUCAGAUGGGCAUUCAAUUUCUUGUAAUGUGUCCAACAUCAUCAGCAGUAAUAUGAGCACACCGCUCAUCCUCAAUAUCAGCUCUCAGUCCAGCCCUGAUGCACAGUUUCAGUGGCAUUUUAAUGGGGCAAAACUGGACAAAGUGGGCAAGGAACUCAAACUGGAGAAUAUACAGCAGAAUCAGAGUGAGAAAAUAUCUGGUGCCGCCAUCUCUGGUCUUACAGCUGAACUGAUAGCAGGUAACAGCUCCUUAAAUCUGAGCUGUCAGGCAUCUGCUGGUUCCAUCAGUAACAGGCUGUGGCUGAAGGAUGGUCAGUUGCUGUCUCCUAGCAACAGAGUCACGUUCACUGCAGACAACAGCUCUAUGGACAUUAAGAAGGUGGAAAAGGACGAUGCAGGACAGUACAAGUGCAGCCUAAGCAACCCGAUCAGCACUGCUACUGCAGAGCGCAAUGUGGUUGUAAACUAUGGUCCAGAGAGCGUGACAGUCCAGGGAGAAAAGACUGUAAAGAUCAACACCAAGGUGGUGUUAGAGUGCUCUGCUUCAUCAGUACCUCCUGCAGGUUUCAUGUGGACUUUCAAUGAGACAUUAACAAAUGUGAAGACGAAUACAUUCAUUAUAGAGAAGGCUAAUUAUAAUGAUAGUGGGGAUUACACCUGUGUGGCCAGCAAUGCGGUUACUGGACUGAAAUCCACAUCUGUCCAUACAUUGGUGGUCAAAGGUGAUAUUAACCAGAGUAACGGUGGUCUCUCCGGAGGAGCCGUCGCAGCCAUUGUUAUUGUACUCCUGUUGGUAUUUGCUGGAGUUGGAGCUGGAAUCUUUACAAUGAAGAAAAAGAAGCUCUGGCUGUUCGCAGAUAGUAAAGCUGGACACACACAAUAUCCCCAGCCUACUGGACAACAAGGAGUAAGUGAAUCCUGUUUUAUUUUCCUCUUUGACAUUAUUUAUUCUGCUCAUUUGCAGUACAGAACAUUAGAACCAUUGUUAGUUAAUGGUGUUGUUUUGUAUCACAGGUCUGCUGUGUGUUUUGUGACUCUUGCAUGUUAUGAACUUGUUGUUUUUGUCGGGCCACAUGGAUUCAUAGAAAUUAAGUGUAUAGUGAUGUCAGGGGCGUUCCGCUCUCUCCCUGAGAGAACCAUGUUCUAACGAUGGCACUUGAGAGUUUGUCAAGUUUAGUUCCAUGUCAUUCAUGUUUCACGAAGCUACAUCUGCAAAACAAAACCUCUUCAGUCACCAAGGAGAAAAAGGAAAAGCUCUGCGGAAGAAAUAAAAGAUUGGAGACAUUUAUCACGUGAAUUUUUUUUUAAAAGCUUGUGUUAUCUAUGGAAAGACUAUUAGGCCAGUGUUAUUUCACCUAGAUAGUCAAAUGACAUACAGUUUUCCUCCAGGAAUAUUUUUUGCUAUCACAAAAUGAAAUGGGGAAUUAAAGGUUGUUUCAAAGGACUACCACUCUUCCUUGAAACACUUGUAAAAAAAA